AAAAACUGGGUCAAGGACCCAGAGGGGAAUAAAAGCAACAAGAGCUGAACUCAGGAGCAGAGAGAAACCGGCGCAGCGCUGAAACCUCUGGGUCCUUUAUGACCUGAGAGAUGUGGAGCUUCUUGCUGGUUUUUGGGCUCCUCUGCUGGGGAUCUCACGGAUCAGUGACCUGCAAAAACGACCUCAAUGCCGAGGUGGACUGGUACAUUUUAUAUAAGAUCCCCAGAAUGGACCACAUUUCCAGUGGCUCCACCACUGGAACGGAGUAUUUCUACAUCGACUCGAGUGGCAGGAACGAGGAGUUGAGCAACAUCAACAGCCCGAACGGCGUUCUGGGAAAUACGCUGAGGCCUCUCUUUAGACCCAUUAGAAACAUGGAAACUACCUUCGGGUUCAUCAGCUACAGUGAUCAGCCGCCAGGAUGUGGCGCCGAUCCAAAGAGGUUUGGCCACAGCAAAGGACUCGUGAUGGUGGACAGAACCGGUACAGGAGUCUGGAUCUUACACAGCACCCCUCGGUUCCCCUUCAGAAGGGACCAGAACAACUUCUGGCCAAACAGCGGCAAUAAACACGCUCAGACAUUUAUCUGUGUGACGUUCAACUACAACCAGUUCACUACAAUAGGAACACAUCUGCAGUACAUCAAUGCGUUUCCAUUUGAACAUUAUAUCCCAGAUGAUUUUCACGAGGAACUAAAAAAUGUUGUGAAAUGGACAGAAGGCUCUCCGUACAUCCCUGAUAAGGUUGAGGUCUCAUUGUUGACGUCCAACAGGAACCAAGGCUUUAAAGUCUUUGCUAAACAAGCCAAUGCAGAUGAAGAGGUUGGAGAUCUCUACCUAAGUAUCGCCAAGGACAUCAGGAGCGACGUCUACGCCCAGACAUGGGGCUGCCAGCCCAAACGGUCCCUCUCCUACUGUUCCACUGACAUUUCAGUCAUUAAUGUUGAAGACAUAGCAGUGGGUAACCGGUGGAUGUGGAAGCCUAAAGUGGACCAUUCCAAGUGGUGCGUAGCUAAGGAUCAUAACACACACUGGACCUGUAUCGCCGACAUGAACCGGGCCGUAUCUCAGUACGAGCGGUUCGGCGGGGCGCUCUGCAUCCACCUUGAGAAGGUCCAAGGUCACUUUCUGAGAUUUGCUAUCCAUCCUCAGAGGUGUCUGAAACGUCGCCACCCAGUUUGUGAUCCAGACUCUGAUGGAGACAAUCUCCAACUUAUCGGUUAGAUCGGCUGAGUCCACAUCGAUCGCAUCAGAUCAAUGCUUUGAAGACUUAAGCCUUUCAGAAAAACUGGAGAUAAAUCCAGAAUAAAUGACUCUCUAAAUCAGGGGUCUCCAACUCAAUUUACCCGGGGGCUGCUGGAGGCAGAGUCUGGGUGAGGCUGAUUCCACAAAAAACAUUUUAAAAAUAUCCUCAAAUUUCAUCAACAUUUAAUUAUUUAUCCAAUACGUGAACUGCAGGCUUUGGACUGACAAAGACAUGAUGAGGGUGUGACAAAAUUUUGUUUACUCCACUUGGCGUCGCUCUUGUUCUAAGUUUCACAUUAGUCUUUAGCCAGCUAGCAACGUAUGGAGAACGUCUCGAUGCGUGACGUCAUCACCGCUUCAAGCAGCCAGUCUCCUUUCUCUGCGUUUGAUCCUGGCAUUUGUUAAUGGUAGAAAGUACCGGAAUGGCGACUGUAGGGAAGGGAAACUGGUACCGGACCGGUCCAUCACCCGCCGCACCAUUGUUACAAGCGUAGUGUGCAUGAAGUCGGUGUAGCUUGGCACCGAAUGUCAGCCAUGACGAGGACCAGCGGGCCAGACUUCCUCCAGAGGCCCCUCACCCUGUGGGCCGCACUACUUUCAUAUCACGGUGGAGCCACGAGACAUUGGCCCGCGGGCCGCGAGAAUGAGAUCUCUGGUCUAAAUAAAAUGCAUGUUUCUUCCUGGCUGUUUGAAAAAUUACAUUUCAAUGAAGAAAUCAGAAAAAGAUUUUUAAGAAGCUGUCACUCUGCGAUGUAAACCUCUGUGAUUAAUAAACCACUUUAAGCUUCA